AGGAAGCUGUGUCUGACACUACGCCUGAAACUCUUCACUCCCUUGCAAACUGCCCAGAGUAGCUAGCCAGAACAAGCCAUCGUUCUCACCAGCAGGGGCUCAGAGCAUCAGAGCUUAUUCUCCCAUGGAAUGAAAACUUCCAUCCAGCACAAGUGAUCAGGAGUGAAGAGAAAGAUAAAAAGCAUGUCGGAGUUCUGGUUAAUUUCUGCACCGGGGGAUAAAGUAAAUCUGCAAGCCCUGGAGAGGAUGAACACAGUGACAUCCAAAGCCAACCUGUCCAGCAACAAUAAAUUCCUCAUCCCAGACCUCAAGGUGGGGACAUUGGAUGCUCUUGUUGGUCUCUCAGAUGAGUUGGGAAAACUUGAUAGCUUUGCUGAAAGCGUAAUAAAGAAAAUAGCACAGUACAUAGGAGAAGUUAUGGAGGACUCAAAAGAUAAAGUCCAGGAGAAUCUUCUGGCCAAUGGAGUUGACCUAAUUAGUUACCUGACCCGGUUUGAGUGGGACAUGGCCAAAUAUCCCAUAAAGCAGCCACUGAAGAAUAUCUCAGAAGCAUUAGCAAAGCAAAUCACACAAAUAGAAACAGACCUGAAGUCCCGAACAGCAGCAUACAACAACAUCAAAGGAAAUUUGCAAAGCUUGGAAAGAAAAACUGUGGGAAAUCUGUUGACUCGUACUUUAGCUGAUAUAGUGAACAAAGAAGACUUUGUGCUGAAUUCAGAAUAUCUCAUCACUCUUCUCGUUGUAGUUCCAAAGUCGAACUACGCACAAUGGCAAAAAACAUAUGAAUCCCUCUCUGAUAUGGUAGUGCCUCGAUCCACAAAAAUGAUUGCUGAGGAUACGGAGGGAGGACUCUUCACUGUGACACUGUUUAGAAAAGUGAUGGAUGAUUUCAAAGCCAAAGCCAGAGAAAACAGGUUCAUGGUCCGAGAAUUUUAUUUUGAUGAGAAAGAACUGAAAUGUGAAAAGGAAGAAAUAAUGAAAUUAGCUUCUGAUAAGAAACAACAAUAUGGGCCACUACUGCGCUGGCUGAAAGUGAACUUCAGUGAAGCAUUUGUGGCUUGGAUUCACGUGAAAGCCCUGAGAGUUUUUGUUGAAUCUGUCCUGAGGUACGGCCUACCCGUGAAUUUCCAGGCAAUGCUGCUACAGCCCAGCAAGAAGUCUGUAAAACGCCUGAGAGAUGUUCUUAAUGCAGUCUUCAAACAUCUGGAUGAAGUAGCAGCAGCAAGUAUAAUGGAUGUAUGUGUUCAGUCUACUGCAGGAGAGACUAUGGCCAUUAGUUCUGAACAAGACUAUAUAUUUGCAAGACUUUGUAUCAAUUUAAUUAAAACCAGUGCUCAGGAACCAGAUCAUGUAGUACCUCAUGCUCCAGGGUUUAGGCCUAUCUCAAGGGGUUAGGAGAACUAGUGUGGGAGGCCUAAUGGGACAUUUCAUACACUUCCCUCUGAAGCAUCUGGCCACCAUCAGGGGAUACUAGACUAGACAGACCUGGCUUUGGAUCCAGGGUGGCAAUUCCUGUGAACAAAAAGCCCCCUAGUUUCUCCCCAGCAUCCAUGUUGGCUACUCCUAAGUAAUAUUUACAAAAACCUCACUUUAUUCUAAUGGAGGUGAGCACAAUCCCAUGGUAGGGAGCAAUUUACAGACAAGUGGCUAAUAGGAAUCCACCCUGGAAGGUGAAGUUAGUUUUGUAUAAAUACUUCAAAAAGAAUCCACAAAGUCAGAACUGAGCAUGACUUCUCAGACAGAACGCUUUGAUUAAAGCAGAUGUAAGAGUAUGUUCUAGUUACUGACAGGGAUGUAAAAACACAAGUGAUCAUAUCUCAGAAUAGUUUAUUUCUAGCACCUAAGUUACUUUGUCUCCUUUUGCAGAUGAGUAUGGACAUUCCUGGUUUACAACUGAGCAAUCAAGAAUACUAUCCUUAUGUCUAUUUCAAGAUCGACCUCAGUCUUCUUGAUUACAGUU